CAACAGGUGGCAUUCACUGCAGCUUUGCACACCUAAAUACAAGUUUUUUACUGUCACGACAGUCGAAGCUGACACAUUAAGCGUGUACCCGAGCAAGAACCAGCCUUCUGUUGUCUGAAGGAAAAUCAGCUCUGAAGAAAUGGAAUUAAGGUCCAAGGAUGUUCCUUGAUUAUUAAAAGAAAACAAAUGGAGAUAAAAUUCUACUACCUUCCAAACUGCAUGAAGAAACACUGUUGAUGAAAAGCUUUUAUUAAAGAGACCCAAGUACCAUAAUGGUAAAAAGAUUCCUACAUGAUCUUAAGGCAUACAGGAACUGCAAAUUCUCUCAUUUGCAAUGUAUAUAGCAUCCUGUAAAAAAAUUAAGAAAUUUACCAUUUGUACUGUUAUAUUUCAGUCAAUUUUAAGUUUAAUUAAUUUGACUUCUAAAUAAUUUUAAUUUCCAAUAUAAAAGUGUACAUAUUUUUCCAUUCCAAUCAAAAUGUUUACUAUGAACUUAGUUGGAAACAACCUAAAAUCUGAUUUUUUGGGCAUUACCACCAAACUGUGAGAACUAAUACCUUUUCUGCAGAUAUUUUAACCAUGGAAACUUAUUCUGCCUCAGUAUCACCUGUUAUAUGUAACAACACAACUUUUAACCUAAAUGGAUCACAUUUCUGUAAUGAAAGUAUAUCUUCUAGAUUAGCUGAUAAAUCAGAACACCAACAAUAUGUUAUUGGUCUUUUCUUAUCAUGUCUUUACACAAUAUUUCUUUUCCCUAUUGGUUUUGUAGGAAACAUUCUGAUACUGGUUGUCAACAUAAGCUUUCGUGAAAAAAUGACCAUUCCAGACCUUUACUUCAUAAAUCUUGCAGUAGCUGAUCUCAUUUUAGUUGCUGAUUCUCUCAUUGAGGUUUUUAAUCUUGAUGAAAAAUAUUAUGAUAUCACUAUUAUUUGUACCUUUAUGUCCUUGUUCCUUCAGAUCAACAUGUAUAGCAGCAUUUUCUUUCUGACAUGGAUGAGUUUUGACAGAUACAUAGCACUGGCAAAAGUAAUGAGGUCCAACAUAUUUCGCACUAUGCAACACGCUAGAUUAAGCUGUGGUCUCAUAUGGAUGGCAUCUAUUUCUGCAGCACUAGUUCCAUUUACAGCUGUGCAUUUACAACACACCGGAGAGGUCUAUUUUUGUUUUGCAGAUGUAAAAGAAAUCCAGUGGCUAGAAAUAACCUUGGGGUUUAUUAUCCCCUUUGUGAUCAUUGGUCUUUGUUACUCAUUAAUUGUUCGAGUUCUUAUAAAAGCACACAAGCAUAGGAGUCUUCGUCUGCGGCGACAAAAGGCUCUUCGAAUGAUUUUUGUUGUUGUCUUGGUUUUCUUUAUCUGCUGGCUACCUGAAAACGUCUUCAUUAGUGUUCAACUUCUUCAAAAGAAAAGUGAGCCUGGCUCUUCAAGCAGCCCAUCCUUCAGACAUGAUUAUCCUUUAACAGGACAUAUUGUGAACCUAGCAGCUUUUUCUAAUAGCUGUUUGAACCCCUUAAUUUACAGUUUUCUAGGGGAAACCUUCAGAGACAAACUGCGACUGUAUAUUGAACAGAAAACAAAAAUGUCAACAUUACAUCGCUUUUGCCAGGCUGCCUUAACGUCUGUCAUUCCUGACAGUAAUGAGCAAUCAGAAGUCUGAUUUAGUAGUGGUUCUAUAAAACACAUGACUGUGAAGUUGUGCAAAUAGUGAACAAAAUGCUUGCUACUAACAGAAAAAAGUGCAUUUGUGUGUGUAUAUAUAUAGUAUCACUCUAGUAAGCAUUGAAGGUUUAUAUUCAAAAUGUUUUUAUGACAAGACUUUAAUGUAGAAGAAUGUUUUAGUCAGAUUUAUAUUUAAUUAUGAACAGGAUUAUUAAAAGCUGAGCACUGAAGGAGCUUUUUUUUUGUAUUAUACAUGUAUGAAUGACAAUAUAGUGAAAAUUUUAUCAAGUUAGGAAGACUCUAGAUGUAACCUGAUUAUCAGAGAUGCUACUUUGCUGGUGUAUAUAAGGUACUUCCACUGAAAUAAUGAAGCUGCCAUAACAGUAGGGAAAAAUCAUUACAACGUAUUGA